CACUUCUCAUGCAGAACGCGUCUCAUCCACACACACACACACACACACACACUGCUCUGCGUAAAGCUCACACUGCUGUCUUUCCUUCGCUCUCCUCAUUCUCUGAAACGCACUGAGAAGCUCUGUUAAAUCCAGUGACAGAGUGCAGUUUAAUACAGGCUGUUGUGUAGACGCUUUUCUGCAGGAGGGCUAUAGAGGAAACAACGUGCUUUGAAUGCAGAGCAGACUUUCUCUAGUGUCGCGCAGGCUCCAGUCAAAGCCAUAAAACAGAGAAAAUACUCCAACGGAGCGCAUCAGAGAUUCAUUUCAAUUAAAGGCUUCGUCUUCGGAGGACACCAGGCUCUGGGCUAUUCAAGAAAAAGCGCGUUUCCCUUCUGCGGGAGAGGGACAUUAAAAUAAAGCACACCCGACCCGAGAAGAGCAGCUGAGGAGAGAUUCCGCGCUUUGAGAUGCUUUAGUGGUUUCACCGGACUCAUGGCUUCGCUUUACCAGAGAUUCUCGACGAAGAUUAACACCAACACUUCUUUUCCCCAUCCACCUGAAGCCAGUCAUCUCCUGGGUGGACAGGUUCCCGAGGAGGAGAAUAAGGCUGGGAAGAGUCCUCAUCACCCCUCAUCCCGAACCCCGGUCCAGUACCGCAAGAAAAACGCCUGCGAGGAUGAAGACGAGUUGGUUGGCAGUAGCCCUCCACAGAGGAACUGGAAGGGAAUCGCCAUCGCCCUGCUGGUCAUCUUGGUCAUCUGCUCUCUGAUCGUCACCUCCGUCAUUCUACUCACACCAACGGAGGAUGACAGUCUGGCCUCCAAGAAGAAAGUCACGAUUGAGGACCUCUUCAGUGGGAAGCUCCAGGCACACGACCCUGAGGCUACAUGGAUAAGCGACACGGAGCUGCUCUACAGUACAAAUGACAGCAAUGUGGUGAGACGCAACGUGCUGACCGAUACCUCCAAGAUUUUGGUGAAGAACACGACCUUCGAGAGUUUCAAAAACCAGGGAUCCUACAGACGGAUCACAUACAGAGUGUCUCCUGAUCUAAAAUAUGUGCUGGUGGCUUACAAUAUUGUCCCGCUUUAUCAGUAUUCCUUCACGGCCUAUUACAUCAUCUGCAGCCUUGACUCUCCAGAGAAAGUGGAGCUGACCCCUAAUGAGGUGCAGAACACUGCACUGCAGUACGCUGGAUGGGGUCCCAAAGGACAGCAACUGAUCUUCAUAUUUGAGAAUAACAUCUACUACAAAGCGCAAGUGACCAGCCCAUCAGUCCGUCUGGUGUCCACAGGCAGCCUGGGGGUCGUAUUUAAUGGACUUGCUGACUGGCUCUAUGAAGAGGAGAUCUUCCAGAGUCACAUCGCUCACUGGUGGUCACCAGAUGGUCUCAGACUGGCAUAUGCCACCAUCAAUGACACUCUGGUGCCCAAGAUGGAGAUACCCAUGUUCACAAACGCACUGUAUCCCAGCGGACAGGAGUACCGCUACCCUAAAGCUGGGGAAGAGAACCCUGAUAUCUAUUUGUCAGUGGUGAGUCUGAAUGGCCCUUUACACACAGUGAGGAUGAGGAAACCAGAAGACCCCAGAAUCAGGAAAGAUUACUACAUCACCAUGGUGAAGUGGGCAACCAGCACCAAACUGGCAGUGAACUGGCUGAACCGAGCGCAGAACAACUCCAUCCUGACCUUGUGUGAGGCCACCACAGGCAUCUGCACCAAGAAACAUGAAGAUGAGAGUGACAGCUGGCUUCACAGACAGAACGAACCCCCGCUGUUCUCCAGAGACGGACACAGGUUCUUCUUCACCCGAGCCGUUCCACAGGGUGGCCGAGGGAAGUUCUUCCACAUAGCCAUGUCCACUUCCCAGCCCAACAGCAGCACAGACACACUACAGUCGCUGACAUCAGGAGACUGGGACGUGACGGAGAUAUUAGCCUACAAUGAGGACACCAAACUUGUAUACUUUUUGAGUACAGAAGACGAUGCAAGACGGCGUCACCUCUACAGCGCCAACACCGCAGGAUCCUUCAACCGCCGAUGUCUGUCUUGUAAUUUAAGCUGUGGAUACGUCAGUGGAUCAUUCAGUCCAGAUGCUAACUACUUCCUUCUCAACUGCAAAGGUCCCGGUGUGCCUCACACAGCCGUGUACAGCACCAGAGACGGAGAAUACAAGAAGCUGCUGGAUGUGGAGCUCAAUGAGCAGUUGAACACCACUGUGAACAACACGCAGAUGCCCAAAGUAGAGUACAGAAAGAUCAACAUAGAGGAUUACAGUCUCAACAUCCAGAUCCUGAAGCCAGCAGCGUUUACAGAAACAGUGCAGUACCCCUUACUGCUGCUGGUGGACAGCACCCCCGGUGGUCAGAUGGUGACGGAGCAGUUUCUGGUGGACUGGACCACGGUGCUGGUCAGCUCCUUCAACACCAUAGUCAUGCGUCUGGAUGGUCGCGGCAGUGGCUUUCAGGGCACAAACCUCCUCCACCGCAUCAAGAAGAAGCUGGGGGAGUUUGAGGAGAGAGACCAGCUGGAAGCUCUUAGAGUGAUAUCACAGGAGCCGUACAUUGACAGCUCAAGAACUGGAGUUUAUGGAAAGGCAUAUGGAGGAUACCUGGCCAGCCGACUAUUACGCUCAGAUGAUAAUCCAAAUAUGUUUAAAUUCAAACUCAAGUGUGGCACGGCCAUCUCUCCCAUCACUGAUUUCUCUUUAUAUGCUUCUGCAUUUUCUGAACGCUAUUUAGGAACACCGCAGGCCAGUAAGAGAGAAUAUGAGAUGGCACGUUUAACAGACCACAUGGAGCAACUGAGGGACAAAAAUCUCUUGAUAAUUCACCCGACAGCUGACGAGAAAGUCCAUUUUCAGCACACGGCCAAAUUUAUCACCCACCUGAUAAAUGAGAAAGCUAAUUAUACAUUACAGAUCUACCCAGAUGAAAGCCACGUCCUCCACUCGAGAGAGUCGCAGCUACAUCUGAGUCAGUCGCUGGUCAACUUCUUUGUGGAGUGUUUCAGACCCCCAGAGAUACCGAUUGAAGAAAAAGUGGAGCAGGACAAUGACGAAGAUGAUGGUUAGAGUUCGGCUCAGAUCCAGCACAUGCCAGCUUACAGCACAAUAUGCAAACUCCUCCCCAACCCCAUCACCCCCCCACCCCAUCCCCAUGGUAGUUCCGAUGGCUUCUCUUGAGCCUCUGCAUGGACCACGCCCCUAAACUCUGAUUGGCUCAUGGGAUCCAGGAAAAAACUUGGUGAUACAAGAACCUGUGGAGGUACACGAUGAACCAUUUCAUACACACAGCACCACACGAGCAGUGCCAGAAAACCAGCUGGACAUGCGUAAUUCGGUCAGAACUCUUUUGCUUGUGUUCUGUAAUUCAUGCAUUGCUGACAGAAAGCUUUAAGAGAUGACAGCACAAUAUACAGAAGAAUGAUUAGCCGGAAAUAAAAGCUGCAGAUUUACACAUUAGCAUAUUUUUUGUCCAGCUGCGUAAUGUUCUGAGUUCAAACCAGUUUAGGUCCUUUAUAUGUGCAUAAAUGUCCUUGUGAACCCAUUCGUUUCUGUCGUCAAUGUCAUCGUUAUAUUUCAUGUGUCAGUUGAAUGUGGCAAUUUACAUAAAAAAAUUGGAGCUGAACAAAUGUGCAUAAAUCAUAUACAUAAAAAACGGACUGGAAUUUGUUCUGUGCAUUUCAUGAGGCUAUUUGUUCAUCAAAUGUGCUACUGUAAAACAGAUGCUUUAAAAUCAGUCAAUUGUUGUAUCCAUAUUUGCGCCCGCAUGACGGCACAAUGGCAUAUUGUUCAUCUGUGAAUCAGCCCAUUCUGAGAAGGACAGUCUUAUUUAUUAUUUGAGUGCAGCUGCAAAUGUCCAUGGAUAUUCAUAUAGUCACUGUGCCUUAUUGGAGUAUACCUGCUAAAGACAGGCAGUCCAUGAGGUAGGAUGAAUCAUUUAUGGAAAAUUUAUGGGGGGAAAAAAGAAGUUUAGGAAUAAAGUUUUAUGUGAUCAAAGACAACCAUGCCACAAUCCUGCCGAGAACAUUUUCUUGACCGUCCUGUGUACUAGUUGAGUUGUAAAGUAAUCCAGUAGAUUAACUGUGAAUACAGGACUAGCGUCUUUGGGCAGGUCUGUGUUUUGUUUGGGGUUUUAUGUCAUAUGUGGUUACAAAGGUCUUUCAAGAACGUUUUGCGUAGAAUAUAUUUUCUUGCUCUAUAAUUUGGCAUGGUGGCAAGAUGGUUUCUUUUCUUUUAAUGUAUCUAUUUACGUGUUGUUACUUUUGACAGCUUGAAUGUUCCUAUGUGGUUCCACUGAAUUUAUUGUUGUAAGUGAAAUCCUGUCUUGUAAGCAGAAGCACUGAUGUGUAAAUUACAACUAUUUUGGUCCGUACUUGUGUGUACCUUGUACAUAAAGCAUUUUGAAAUCUA